CUGCGCCUGCGCGCUAGGGAGAGCUGCAGGGGCUGGGUACUGUGUGCGGGCGGGGCUGGCGCUGCUCUCACCCUGGUAACAGCGGCCGCUGCGGAGCCGCCCCCGGCCCGGCACCCCCGCGGCACUAUGCAGGGGGAGGACGCCAGAUACCUCAAGAGGAAGGUGAAAGGAGGUAACAUAGAUGUACACCCCUCUGAAAAGGCCCUUAUUGUUCAUUAUGAAGUGGAAGCAACUAUUCUUGGAGAAAUGGGGGACCCCAUGUUGGGGGAGCGCAAGGAGUGUCAAAAAAUUAUUCGGCUGAAGAGUCUUAAUGCAAACACAGACGUUGCUUCCCUGGCUCGAAAGGUGGUGGAGGAAUGCAAGCUCAUUCACCCCUCCAAGCUAGCGGAAGUGGAGCAGCUGCUGUACUACCUGCAGAACCGCAGAGAUGCCUCUUCCGGGAAAGAAAAGAAAGAGAAAUCUAGUAAACCGAAGGAUCCACCACCUUUUGAAGGAAUGGAGAUUGAUGAAGUAGCCAAUAUCAAUGACAUGGAUGAGUACAUUGAGUUACUGUAUGAGGAUAUUCCUGAUAAGGUGCGUGGCUCUGCCCUUAUCUUACAACUCGCCAGGAACCCUGAUAAUUUGGAAGAAUUGCUGCUCAAUGAAACUGCACUGGGUGCAUUAGCCAGAGUGCUGAGAGAAGACUGGAAACAAAGUGUGGAACUUGCUACUAAUAUUAUUUAUAUUUUCUUUUGCUUUUCAAGUUUUUCUCAGUUUCAUGGCCUAAUCACACACUACAAAAUUGGAGCUCUGUGUAUGAACAUCAUAGAUCAUGAGCUGAAGAGACAUGGGCUCUGGCAGGAGGAACUCAUCAAGAAGAAGAAAGCUGUUGAUGAAGAUCCUGAGAAUCAAACCCUGAAAAAGGACUAUGAGAAAACCUAUAAAAAGUACCAGGGGCUGGUUGUCAAGCAGGAACAGCUGCUGCGAGUUGCUCUUUAUCUGCUGCUGAACCUUGCUGAGGACACACGUACAGAGCUGAAGAUGAGGAACAAGAACAUUGUACACAUGCUAGUGAAAGCACUGGACCGAGAGAACUUUGAGCUGCUUAUUCUGGUGGUGUCUUUCCUGAAGAAACUUAGCAUUUUUAUGGAGAACAAAAAUGACAUGGUUGAAAUGGAUAUUGUGGAAAAACUGGUGAAAAUGGUACCAUGUGAGCAUGAAGACCUGCUGAAUAUCACCCUUCGACUUCUGCUGAACCUCUCCUUUGACACGGGCCUGAGAAACAAGAUGGUCCAAGUUGGGCUGCUUCCCAAACUCACUGCACUUCUAGCAAAUGAAAACUACAGACAGGUAGCAAUGUGUGUUCUGUAUCACAUAAGCAUGGACGACCGCUUUAAAUCGAUGUUUGCGUACACAGACUGUAUACCACAGUUAAUGAAGAUGCUCUUUGAGUGCCCUGAUGAACGCAUUGACCUGGAGCUCAUUUCCUUCUGCAUUAAUCUUGCUGCUAACAAGAGAAAUGUGCAACUUAUCUGUGAAGGAAACGGAUUGAAGCUGUUAAUGAAGAGAGCUCUGAAGUUCAAGGAUCCAUUGUUGAUGAAGAUGAUCAGGAACAUUUCACAACAUGAUGAGCCAACAAAAAACCUGUUUAUUGAUUAUGUUGGUGACUUAGCAGCUCAGAUCUCUAAUGAUGAAGAGGAAGAAUUUGUGAUAGAAUGCCUGGGAACACUGGCUAAUCUGACCUUACCUGACCUGGACUGGGAGCUUGUCCUGAAAGAGUACAAACUGGUUCCAUACCUCAAGGAUAAACUAAAACCAGGUUCUGCAGAAGAUGACCUUGUCUUGGAAGUGGUGAUCAUGAUUGGAACUGUAUCUAUGGAUGACUCCUGUGCUGCUAUGCUGGCCAAAUCUGGAAUUAUUCCAGCACUCAUUGAACUUCUAAAUGCUCAGCAGGAAGAUGAUGAGUUUGUCUGCCAAAUCAUCUAUGUCUUUUACCAAAUGGUCUUCCACCAAGCCACCAGAGACGUCAUCAUCAAGGAGACCCAGGCUCCAGCAUAUCUUAUAGACCUGAUGCAUGAUAAAAAUGCUGAGAUCCGCAAAGUCUGUGACAAUACACUGGAUAUUAUAGCGGAAUAUGAUGAGGAGUGGGCUAAGAAGAUCCAGAGUGAGAAAUUCCGAUGGCACAACUCUCAGUGGCUGGAGAUGGUAGAGAGUCGACAGAUGGACGAGAGUGAGCAGUACCUGUAUGGGGAUGACCGCAUUGAGCCCUACAUCCAUGAAGGGGAUAUUCUAGAAAGACCUGACCUUUAUUACAAUUCAGAUGGUCUGAUAGCCCCUGAUGGAGCAGUGAGUCCAGAUUUCUUCAGUGAUUAUCAUCUCCAAAAUGGAGACUUAGUUGGGCAACGUCCCUUCUCCAGCAGAAGACAGACUAUGCAACCAAUGAGAGACAGAAGAAAUUGAGACAGGAGGCACUUUCUGCACCAGUGUCCGAAAUAUGACUGAAAAGAGACUUCCUCAAGUAUUCAGAAGUCAAAAGGUGUCCCAUCAAAAAAAGAUGAUGUAAAACCACUCCUGACCCUGGGAGAAAAGAGAGAGAUGACAUCACACUAUGCAGCAACCUGCCAGCAGAUCAGAAAUGGACACAGAGGAUCAAGCCUCAAACAGAAUAUGUAGCCAUAUCCUGGAUGGCUCUCUGCUACUUCUAACAGAUAAAUGAGGGCCCUCACUGGCUGAUCUGAGUCUCUCUGGUGUGCUACGCUGCAGGGGGACCUUGGGCCGAGUCAAGGGGAGUGCAUGACAAAUCAUUCCACCAGCUGGACACCUGCAUCCAUUUGCCUCUUUUUUACACUUUGGCAACACUUGCAGACCUUGUCAUACCAAUAAAGUCUCACUGAAUUGAACUGACUAAACACCAUGGUCUUACAAUAUGAGUAAGUGUUACAUUUAGCAAUAAAGUUUAGAUUAUAGUGAACAGAGUCUUAACAAGCAGUCAGUCUAUAGGAGGCCUCAUAUUAUUCACUGAUAACAGGUAAAUAAAUAAAUGUACCUAGAACCCAGCUGGUUUAUAGAGAUCUGUGCUUUCUAACAGCUCUGCUUUUAUAGAUUAUAACACAUAGGACUGUUCUCUAAAUGCCAAUCAGAUCAACCCUGAGACUAGGAGCCACUGUUGUUUUCCUGUACCAGUGUCCCUCCAGUAAAGGUAAAGUUGUGGCUCAAGAA